GCAGGCAUGGACAGCGGAACUAUCAAGAGCAAGGUCAACCAGAUUGCAUCCGCCAUCAUGGGCAGCGAUGAAGAUUUCGAAGCGGAUACGCCGCUGAUGGAGGCCGGGCUAACGUCAAAUACUGCCGUCCUUCUUCGCGAUGAGCUGACAAAGGACCU